GUCAUUGAAUGAGUGAGGGUUGGAGGGUCGAGAGCCAACGCAACACAUGCUGCUAUACCACAGCAAGACGAGGAGCUAACGUCAUUACAAGGAGUCUAACGUCAUUCGCUUUACAACGUCUGAAGGCACUCCGGGCAGAGAGAUACCCAUGAACCAGUCCCCAGGCAGCACGCAGACUAAACGACCUGGGUUGCCUGUAGUCCCCUAUCGGUUUUAGUGCCGUUUUUUGUCACUUAAUCUUCUGCUGGGACUGAGAGAGGCUGUUGACGGAAAUUGGUUUUGGACGAUCCACAAUGCUAAGCGCUGUUAAAAUGGAAGGACACGAGCAUUCAGACUGGAGCGCUUACUACGGAGAGCCCGAGUGCUAUACCUCAGUUGGAAACAUGACACAACACACCGGUUUGGGAAUGAACUCGAUGAGCACCUAUAUGAGCAUGCCUGGAAUGACUUCAACCAGCAACAUGUCAGGCAGCCCCAUGAACAUGUCAUACGUCAACACGGGUGUGAACCACUCCAUGGCCGCGAUGUCACCGGGCUCCGGAGCCAUGCACAGUAUAGGAGCAGGGAUGGCGGGCAUGAGCGCGGCGCUAAACCCGAACAUGAGCCCCAUAAACACCCCGUCUCCAUCGAUGAAUGCUCUGACCUCCUAUAAUAAUAUGAGCGUUAUGAGCCCCAUGUAUGGACAGUCCAACAUAAGGUCAAGGGACCCCAAAACAUACAGGAGAAGCUAUACGCACGCCAAGCCCCCAUAUUCCUACAUUUCUCUCAUCACCAUGGCUUUACAGCAGUCUACCACAAAGAUGCUGACGUUGAAUGAGCUAUACCAGUGGAUCCAGGACCUCUUCCCCUUCUACAGACAGAACCAGCAGCGCUGGCAAAACUCUAUCCGCCACUCUCUGUCCUUCAACGACUGCUUCCUCAAAGUGCCCAGGUCCCCGGAUAAGCCGGGCAAAGGAUCUUUCUGGACCCUUCACCCGGACUCAGGGAAUAUGUUUGAGAACGGCUGCUAUCUCCGGAGGCAAAAGCGGUUCAGGUGCGAGAAAGACCUCGGCAGGGAGACCGGGAAGAAAACUCCCGAGGGCGGCUCUAACAGCAGCCCAGAGAGCUGUAAUGGAAACGAAUCACCCCACCCCACCCCGUCCGUAAAAGACGUCAAGCGGACUGUAUCUAACCCGAAACCCCGGCAGCAGGUAAUGAGCCCCGCGGAGCACGCUCUCUCUCCUAUCCCACAGACUCACCAUCUUCUGUCUCAGCAUCACUCGGUGCUCGUGCACGAAGCCCACCUGAAGCCGGAGCACCACUAUUCAUUCAAUCACCCCUUCUCCAUCAACAAUCUAAUGUCGUCGGAACAGCAGCAUCACCACAAAAUGGACCUAAAAACGUAUGAACAGAUGAUGCAGUACGGCUAUGGUUCACCGAUGACAGGACCGCUGUCCAUGGGCUCAAUGUCGGCUAAAACGGGCUUAGAUGUUGCUUCUACACCCGCAGACACUUCUUACUACCAAGGUGUGUAUUCGAGGCCAAUCAUGAACUCUUCUUGAAUUUGAAUCGGCAUUCAAUUAACUUUUUCUAACAAUUACUAUUUGUACAUUUGUAAAUUGGUCGUGUUUUUGUUUUAUGGAUCGAUCACCUUUUAUGGACAUUGGACAUGGAAGGGACUGAUUCAGUGUCAUGUUCGUUCAGAGUAUGUUGAUAUGUGACGACAUUAUUUCAUACAGACACUUUUACAUUAAUUGAAGGCGUAACUGUGGGAUUCACAGGCACCUCGGUAUGUUACAAAUUGUGAGAUGUGCUCUGUGCUAAUAUCGUUUGUGUAUCCCUUAUAACUUAGGCUAUAAGUUGUCAAUGUGUAUUCAUGUAGCAAGCGAAAAUCUAUAUUAAAGUAUUAUUUGAUAUUA